GUUGUGAUAAACUUAUUAAAUAGUUAAUCAUGGCAACACCUCUGGAUGACGAAGGGGUGUUCAAAACACCGGCGCCGCCACCUCUCAGGAAAGCCUCAACUUCAUUAUCAUCGUUCUCAAUGAUACAGAAGGCAGGACCAAGUUUGCUACAACCAGUUGGGUCUCCUCUUUCCCUUGGAAUCUCUGGUCCUAAUACUCCUCAGUCGGAACUAUCUGAUUGUUCUUACUUACAAUUGCAAGGAGUCCCUGAGAACAGCCGAUACUUCUGCACAGCCUCGGCGAUUGAUGUUAAUGUGGCUUACCAGGAGCAUCUGAAGGAAACGUUAAAUCGAAUCGAGAUGAACUUGAUCGAGAACCGAUAUCGUCAACAGGAGAUCAUAGAGAAACUCCUUAAAUUAGAGUUAGACCAAGAAGAAGAACCUCAACGUAAAAUACUCACCCCCUACCUCAUAAAAGCACCCUUCUUCAAAAGCAAAUCGUACCCUGGUGGUCCCCCACCCAACCCAGAAGCUCUCAGGAUCCAACAGGAGGAUAUGCAGAGACCCCACGUGACGGUUCUAAAGCGUCUUGACUGGACGGCAUCGGACCGAAGAAUUCUUUUCAACGGUGUCAAGCAGCAAUGUCUCAGCAUGGUAAUGAAGCCAUUUAUUGAUAAACAAAGCACAAUCUCUCACAAAUUAGACUCCUUAAAUCCAUACGAGUUAGACAGCCGACGUGUAUUAGCCGAGGAGCUCAACCUAUCGGAACUCGAGGUGAGAAGACUGAAAGAAAAUCCGCCGAAAGACGAGGAAUUAUUCGGAAGUCGGAAAAGAUGUGAUAUAGAUUGGGUGUAUAUUUCGCUGCAUUUGUUUAAUAACCAACGCGAUCCAGACGAUUGCAAACUCCAAUGGCAGAAUUUUCUUCAUCCAGGAGUUAAUAAAGAACAUUGGUCGCCUGAUGAAUCGAGAAAAAUGCUGCAAACAGUAGCGAAACAUCAGGAGAAGCAGCCGUUUGUAAUUGUCGAGCCCACCGAGACAGUCCGUAGCAGCAGCACCCGACGUCAUAUAGACUGGAAACAGGUGUCCAUUUUACAUGGAAACAGACGGACUCCCUUUGACUGCUUCCAAAGCUACAUGAGCAGAUUAGUCUCGGCCAGGGGCUGGACUCCGACUGAGAUAAAACUGCUGAAGAGAGUCGUCAAUACAUUUCAGUUCGGAAACAAGAUAUCGUGGAGCAAGAUCGCCGACUUCUUCGACGGGCGUUCUCCCCAUGAGUGUAGUGAGAGGUGGCGACGCAUGAGCAGCUACGCCCUCAGACUGGGUAGGUGGUCGCCGGAUGAGGACAUACUGUUGCUCAAAGCGGUUGAAAAGUUUGGGAUUGGGAUGUGGAUCCAAAUAUCUCGCGAGGUUCCUCUUAGGACCGACCAGCAAUGCAGGGAAAGAUACAUGUUCCAAUUGAGUGGAAAUUACGUCAAAGAAUCCUGGACGAAAGCGGCGGAUGAAACGUUAAUCGACCUCAUGUUGAAACAUGGACCAACUGCGGACUGUGCUAUCAUAGCUGAAAAGACGUUAAAGAAACAGCGCAAAGAGAUUUACAGAAGGUUCCGAUAUCUUUUGGAGAAUCAAAGAAAAGGUACCGAAGCCAGUCACCGGAAAACUGUUCGAAGGACGCAGUUGACAGAAACGGCCGAUAGACUGCGUGAACAAAAUAUGACAGAUCAGAUUAUAGCAAUCCAUCAAAACUUGGUCAAUAAUUCCAGUGAAAAUAAACAAAAUACCCCUAAACCUUCGAAAUUGAUCAAAAAACCUGCCUCGUUGAUUCACAAUAAAGUUACGAAGCAUUUAAAGUUAGGCGAUAAGUUAAAAAUGUUAGAACCUGAAAUGAUUGACGCGCAGUUCCUAAAAUCAGAAUUCAAGAAAAACUUACCAAAAUAUAAACAUCCACCAAUAUUUUACAGUACUUCUAGAUUAGAAAAGCUAGAUCAUUAUUUGGACGAAAUAAUAUUUAGAAAUUGUUUACCGAAACAUUCGACAAGUUUUACGCUGAGUCCGAACUUGGAAAAUCCCGAAGAAAGUGAAACGAAAGAACCGAAAGAAAAAGAACUCGCUGGGCUGAUGACGCAGUUGAUCACACUUCUAAAAAUUGACUACUUAGGUGCUUGGAAAAUUCUAAAAUUAAAAAGUAGCCCCGAAUUCAGAGAAUCAAUAACUUCGUUGAGUAUAGCCAAAGACCCAAAUGAAAAAGAGCGAAUAUUGAACCCGAAACUGUUUCUGAAUAAUGCCCGAAAACUGAUGGAAGAGGGCCAUCUUAUUGUGAAGGAGUGCUUCAAAGAUAAACUUCAUUAUUUAUAUGAGUUGAGGUCAAAUCCAAUAGUUCAAAGUGUUGUAAAGGAAGUCGCUGAGAAAACUCACUCGCCUCCCAAAGGACCGAUUGUUCGUACUCAAAUUGUUCAAUAUCCUACAUGUGUCGUGCUCCCAACACCAGGAGCAUAUGAAGAUGACGCUUCAAGUGAGAUUUUUGGAUCCGAACAACUUGAUGAAUACGAAGAAAAAACGGUCGAUGAGUUAAUUGAAUGUUUAGAAGAUGAAGAACCGGGAACAAUGAACUUUGAUCUUUUCACUACUGAUAAUGAAAAUUCGCCAUCAAAAAAGGCUAGAAACUUUGAAUCCCCACUUAAAUCCAAAACUGGCAACGACAUGUUAAUUGAGCAAAACGGCCAGCAAGGUGAUAACAUAAGCCAUUUUUUGACAGCGAAGUCUGGAAAACUUGAGGGAUUUGACCAAGAUAUGAAGGUGAAAGAAUUGAUAAAGAAAUUUCCAAUCAGACGUGCUGAUGAUCCUUCUGAUGAUAUUUCUCGGGACUUUUUCAUCGAGAAUUAUGGAUUUAAAAUCAUACCAGGAGAGACGUCUCAGUAUAUAAGAGUUCUUCUUGAAGGUAACUCUUUUUUUUCCACCAUCAUUCAGCGUGACCUUAUGUGGCAGCUUGUAAACGUAGAUACAAAUAAAGGUAAACGAACUCUUGCAAUACCUAUAGCAAGUGUACCCUUUGAAGUUAAUGACGGUGGAAAAGAGAUACAUUUUCUGCCCGAAGCAGGAGCGUCGCAGACGUUUGAGCUUCCGGUUUUUGAGAAGUUGGAGAAAUCGCCACUACCGAUGUCUGAUCUAAUUGAAAAGUAUCGGGCUCAGAAGGCGUUGGAGCAAGCGAACACCUUACUCGAAAGUGCAAUUGGCAGAACGUUUAUGACAACGGACGAGAAAAUCAAGUUUCAGGACUGGGUUCGAGACAUGCCUCAAGAUAACAACCUCGAGAACUUGACUGUUCCUUUAGUUGCUCCUAAUAAGGCAGUUUUGGAUUUGUGGAAAAGGCUAGAUUCUCAAAGUGCGAAUUUAUUGUGCAAAGGUCUCGUGUGUUACAAACACGCGAGGUCAAAUCGAACGAUGAUGAAAGUAGCUCGCAAGAUGUUUGAACAGAACACGGAUCCAUUCAAGUAUAAAAUGGCAGAAAUUGCAUUCCAAUUAGGCGUUUAUUUCACAGUGGAUAAAUCGAAAACCAUGUCGACAGUGCACAAGCUGUUGUAUCAGCCUAUCAGAAAUGUUCCUGAGUUCGCUUCUUUAGAGACCAUUUGGCAGAAAGCCCUAUUAGAAGAUAACGACGAACUUAUCAAAUUGCACGAGAAGUUAUUUGAGCAGUCGGACAAAAUGCAAAGUAUCUUGGAUGAAAUUAAAGCUACUGCAGUGUACCAAUUGUUUAGAAGUAGACUCUACGCUCUGUUGUUGUUUCCUAAAGCGAUGUCUGAGGCGGGACCGAGGGAGAUUGGAAAAGAAACGUCUGGAGAAGUGAACAAUAACGCUAGUAAAAAGAAUGAGCAAAUAAGUCUCAGUUUAUACAAACACUUCACGCGAAAAAGAUGCAAUAAGCCACAGGACUCGUGGUUCCACGACAAGGAACCCGAUGACUCCGACUUCGAAGCGCUGCGUCGAUUGCAGCGGGAACUCCAAUCGGAUCUGGCGGUAACCGAGCGUCAACAAGACUCCUCAGAUUUGAACCGAAUCGAUGGCGAAGAAGCGGAAACUACAGAUACUUAUUCAUCAAUUGGACAAAAUGUGCCAGAAACAAAUCUAACAGAGAUCGAUGCGGUAGAAACCGGAUACAUGACAGAUCAUAUUGCAACUGAUUCACUCACGGCAGAACCUAGUGUAAUAACCUCAGAUAGUAUAACCGAACCAGAUACAACUGAAAUCGAGAUUGAAUCGGAAUCGGAAGGUGUAGAACUUCCCAGAGUAGUGAUGUUGAAUGAUAUGGAUGGCUCAAAUAAUAUUUUUGACAAUUCUGCAGUGAAAACAGAAGUUAACUGUGUUUUAAAGCAAUACAGAAACGUUACCGAAAUCACAGAGGCAAAUAAUGAGAGUAAGAUAAUAUCAUCAGAUGCUGUGGCGUCUAAUGGAAGCAAAAGUCGCAAACGACCUGCAAGACCAUGUUUGGGAAGUAUGGAAUCGAAAAGUAAGAAAAUAUGUCCCGACCUUGCUGCUGAAAGCCAAAUAGAUGAUGCAUUAACAAGCAAUACUGUACUUGAUCUUUAGUUUUAGACAGUCUUCAUUCCUGAUAAACUUGUAUUUAAAAAUUGUGUUUUGCGCUGAUUUUGAAUUGUAGAUAUUGAAUUCUUUUGAAUUCGUAAAUUUUGUUAAUUUAUGAUAUUCCUAAACCAU